GGGCAUUGUGUGUGUGCUGGGUCCAGAGAUAGCAGGCCCAGGGGGGUAGCUCCACCGCGGGAGACAGGACACGCCUCAGCCCGGGCAAAUUCCCGGCCUCUUCUGGCCUCAAGCCAGCAGUCGCCGCUCGCCACCUCUCUACUCUGCCGUCGCCCGGCCGCCCCGCCGGGCCCCGAACUAGCCCGCGCCUUGGCGCGCGGCCCCCGGGCCCUCGGCGCUGGCGGCUCGGUUGGGACCGGACGGAUGUGGCGCAUGCGUGGUGGCGCCACCCGGCGCGGGAGCUGUGGCGGCGGGGACAUAGAUGGGCCAGGCCGCCCGGGCCGGGUUCCGCAGCGUGGCGGAGGCGACGGGGGUUGGCGAGGCCGUGCGGGCGGCGCCCGACAGCAGCUGGAGGAGCGGUUCGCCGACCUGGCAGCAAGCCACUUGGAGGUCAUCCGCGCGCGGGACGAGCGGGACCGGCAGAAUGCACGGCUGCGAGAGGAGAACGCCCGACUGCGGCUCGAGAACCGGCGGCUGAAGCGCGAGAACCGCAGUCUCUUCCGUCAGGCUUUGCGGCUCCCAGGGGAGGGCGGCGACCGGGUGCCCGCGGAGGCGGCCCUGGGUCCCCCGGAGGCUGGCACGAACCGGAGGGAGAGAGGUGGCCGCCGUGAGGAUGAGCCGGGCAGCCCCAGGGCCCUGAGGGCCCGGCUGGAGAAGCUGGAGGUCAUGUACCGCAGGGCCCUGCUGCAGCUGCACCUCGAACAGCAGGGGCCGCGCCCGCGUGCGGACAAGGAGGAGCCGCCUGUGCUGGAGCCAGACUCUGGCCUCUGUGCCCGGGACCCGGCGCCCCCGGGGCCCUGGCUGUAGCCCCGGGCCGCAGCCGUCAAGGGCGGGGCCUUCUGCGCGCCCCUCCUCCCGCGCUCGCCGCUCCCCCGCCCUGCAGCGCUGGACCACUGAGCUCAGUGCAGCCAGCCCAGCAGCGGACACUUCCGGUGGCGCCCUGCCUCUGCCCGAGGGGUCCUGCUGGUUUCGGGGCUCUGGAGGCCCCACGUGUGCGGGCACCUGCCUCUGGGUCUUACUGGUUCCACCGGAAGAGGCCCUGCAACUGACGCGCGGGUUUUGAAACAGCAAGAACUAGCGCCUGGAAUCACUUCCUAAUUCAUGAACCUUUCUAAGUGCUUUUUUGCUUCUCAGUUAUAAUUCUUGGAGGGUUGAAUAAUGCAUUUUGAGUUGGUCGAAUUUGAUGUUCUUUCUUCAGUCCACUAAAGCCGCCAGUUAUUAUCUCUUGUGUGGCUAAUACUUUUUGAGUGUUUUUAUAAAUCGGUAUUAAAUGGAUAUCCUAUGAAGUACUACCUUUUUAUAAGAAAGAUGAUAUUUAUGACUUAGAAACUCAUGUCUGCCCCUGACUCAGUCCGCAUACAUUUAAUAUAUACUGAUUUGUUUCACCCCAGAGAAUUUUUAAGUAUCUACCUAUAGGUAAUCCUUCGAAUUGGUAAAUAAAUGUAGUUCAUUAAAAGUGAUAUAAAAGCUUCCCAUGACUAUUAUUUGAAGUGUGUUAGAUUUUUAUAUAUGUCUUUAAGAGAUGUAUAUCUAACCUAUUUUAAUACCUAGUUUUGGUUAUCCUUUGUAAGCUUUUUUUUUUUUUUUCGCUUUAUGUAACUGUUGUUUUAAAAUAAUGUAAAGAUUAGUUCAUCUAAGCAUUUUUCAUUAUUAUUACAUUAACGUUGGAGGUUAAUCAAUGUGUAGCUAAUUUGUGUUAUUUUGACUGUUUAACAGCUUUUAAGAAAUUAUAAGUUACUUUUACAUCAAAAGCACCCAAGCAGAGUGAUUUUAGUUUUCAUCAUUGUGGCCAGGAAAAAAACGUGAUUGAUAACAAAUGUUCUAAGAUCACUUUUCUUCCUUUUGUUCAUGAAGAACACUUUGGCCUACUAAGUAGUGAAACCAAAUGGCAUUUGUCUGAUAAAAACUGAGGAGGCAAAAAGUGUGACCUCUUUUCUCACGCAUCCUCAGGGUCAUGGUCAACACUUCUAUAAUUAAAGACAGGUUAACAAGAAAAAGCAGAUUUAUUUAACAAAGUUUUAGGUAAAACAAGAGCCUUCAGAAAUUAAGAAUUAAAGACUCAAUGAAACCUGUGUUUUUGCCCACAUGGGAGGAAAGGACAUCCUUGUGAUUGAACAUGUAUUGAACAAAAAGUGUGACCUAUUAGUAAUAGCCUGGUUUCUUGGCCUCUCUGUGUGGCAUUCUUUCCUUAGGCUUUAGGACAAGAUCCCUUCUAGAAUUAAGGGGUCUUCAGAUCUACUAUCCGACAAAACAAGUUAGAGAAUUUCUUUAUGGCCUGCUACUAAACAAAAAAGAUGAGAAGGUUUGAAAAUAUUUCUACAUUUUGUAAUUUUCUUUGAGGUGAAGUUUGGCAAUUGUCUUUGAGCUGAGUUUCUGUGCGCUGCCUUGGGAAAAAGCAAAUUCUAGUUUGAAUAGUCUGUCUGGGAGAGAGAGGCAAGCAGGAUAAAGAAGCAUAGGAGAAAAAGACCUCUUCUGAAGCUCUUCCUGAGUCCUUCAGUCCACAAAGUACUAAGCGUGACAAAGUACUGUACUUCUGAGUAUUGUUUUCUGAGCCCCCAAAACUCAUGAGUUUAAGAGUAUUCAAGUAAUGGAAAGCAUCAGGGAAAAUCAAAUGAUGAGUAGAGUUGGUUGCUACAUAUGGCAUAGUCCAAAAAUUCCAAAUAUUUAUUAUAAUGCAGAUAUUUAUAACAAACCAAUGUGCCAUGGAAACUUGUGCUAGUUCUUCUAGUUUGAAGUAUUGCAAACACUUUCCAAUUUGCUUAUAGGUAAUUGAUACUCAGUUUUGAAUAUUUAAAUUUUCCCUAUGGUCAGAAUAUAAAAGCAACUUGGCAAAAAAAAGGUAGGUAUAUGAAAAUUAAUCCUAACCUCCUUUACUUCAUUUUCUGACUGGGAAAGAAAUAAAAUAUGUUCAGGAGCAGGGAAAUUUAAGAAUCAACAUUUAUUUAACAUACUACUAUUUAAUUGUAAAUUUAGGGUUAAGUUAGUUAAUUUCUUUAAGUUUUAGUUUUCUCUUUAGUGAAAGGACAAUAGCAUCUACCUCAAAAUGUAAAAAUUUUAUUGAGAUAAGCAAAAUUCCUACUUCAAAUUAAGUGCUCAUUUUGUGAGAAUUGCAGCUCAAAGCAUGAAAAUUGAAAAUGCAUAUUUUGCCUAAUACUUUGUAUUGCAUUCUGGAUUUUGUUGUGUAUGACUUUAUGAGUAUUAUUAGAUGUAUGUAAAUUUUGAAUAUGUUGACAUUUUUCACUCAUAAGCAAACGGGAUAUAAAACCUUGUAAGGGGAUAAUGUAAUAUAAUGUUCAAAAAUAUUUUCCAUUUAUUACAAAAUUAUAUAUAUUCAACAACCAAGCAAAGUAUUUGGUUGUAUAGUUCUUAAGUACUUUGUCUUAAAAUUGUGUGCAAUGUAAGUCUGAGUGAAUACACAGAUUACUUUGGAGCAUAAUUCCUUAAAGGCACUAAAAAUUCUGAAAGGAAGUGCCCUGGAAGAUGCAUCAAGGCUAAUAUAUAUUUCAAUUUUGAUGAUAUUUUCCAGGGGUAACCAAUAAAGUCAUAUGAAAAAUGUUUUGUUACAUCAAAAUAUGUUAUUAGAGCUGAGCGCAGUUGCACACACCCAUAAUCCCAUUGGCUCAGGAGGCUGAGACAGGAGGAUUGCUAAUUCAAAGCCAGCUUCAGCAAUGGUGGGGUGCAAAGCAACUCAGUGAGAAUCUGUCUCUAAAUAAAAUACAAAAUAGGGCUGAAGAUGCGGUUCAGUGGUUGAGUACCCAAAGUUCAAUCUCCUAUACCCCACCCAAAAAAACUAUUAUUAAAAAAUUUGGCCUAAGAUCAGUUUAAUCUAAAACUAAAACUGUAGUUCACCAUUGUUUUCAUAAUUUCAGAUGAGUUGUGCAGUAAGAGGGUUUACAAUUUUAGAAGACACAAAAGUAUUUAAAUAGCAUUUUCAUAACUGCUACUCACAAAAUAUAUUUUAUUUUUUCUCUAUAAAAAUUAGGAUAUGAAUCAAAGGAAUAAAAAUAAGUUUUUAUGUAGCUCAUAGAAGAAAUAACUUGUUAAACUUUUUAAACAUUAUAAAUAUUUGAAUAAUAUUUGAAAACAUCUUCUUUAAGUAUUCUCACAUAAUAUUGUCAAUUCAUAAGUAUUCCAGAAUGAAACUAAGACCAAUUAUUUAAUAAAUUGGAUCGAUAAUAUAUACUAACAAAUAGCAGCAUGAUCUUGAUUCCAAUGCCAAAAGACUAUUUUCUGUUUUGCUGAAGGGAAUGAGUUUUACUGAGAAUUUGUUUCAAAAACUUCAAAAAAUCUUUACAAAUGACAGAAUUUAUUUAUAUUUCUAUUUAGUGAUAAAUUAAUGCACUAUAUAUUCUAUUUUUUCUGCUAUAAGCUUAUGUUCAUCCACCUAUCUUACCUGCUAUAGAUAGUAUACAAUGAAAGUGUUAAAAAUCAAGGAAAAGAUUUUAAUUAUAUGCAUAUCUGAUUACUAAAAUUAAUCAUUGCUAAAAUGUCAAAUUUUAAGGCUUAAGAUUACUGUAUCUCAAAGGUCAGAAUUAAAUUAUAUUGUCUUUAUUACAUAACUGAUAUUGUUUAUUACAAAAUUAAUAUUCAGAAUUUUCUUAUUUGCCAGUAUGUAGUUCCUAUAGUUUGGAUGAGGUUUGUCUACCAAGGUUUAUACACUGGAAGCUUGGUCUCCAGUGUGGUGGCAUUAGCAGUCGGUAGAACCUUUAAGAAGUGGGGCAUAAUAGAAGGUGGUUGGGUCAUCAGGGGCAUGUCUUCUGAAGGGCAUGUAUUAACCAGUGACUUUAUAAUGGCACCAAGUUCCUGAAAUAUCAAAUAGAAAGAUUACUGAAAUUAAAAACUUAAAGAUGCACAUACGCCCACACAUGCACAUAAAUGUACAUACACAUAGAUUCGUGAAUUUUCAAUGUGGUAUCCAUUUCCUUUGAUGUAAAUGUGGCAUUUUAUAUUUUAAAAACUUUCAAAAAGUUAUUUACAUGUAAGAACAAGUAUUUUUGUUUUAAACUUUGUAAAUUUUAAAGUAGAAAUACGUAGUUGCUUUAUGGAUUGAAAAAAUUGACAUUUUCAUUCACAUAUGUACUAUCCAUAUGGGUAUGAAUUCCAAGACAUUGCUUAAAAUAAACAAGGAUAUAUAGCUGCUAAAUUUUGUAUAGAGCAUUCCUAUAAUUAUGAACCAUUUCUGAAAAUUGUAUGUCAUUAAAAUAUGGUUUUAAUAGCCUCUACUUAGUAAACAUUAUUCUAUUUCAAA